UCACGGAGAGCCAUGGCGCGAGUUCCGUUCCCGUGUCCAGAAACCAGUCCUCCAGUUGUCCACCGUCCGGCGCUACGUAACACCACUGGAACAGGUUACCGAAGAGUUCAUCGACCGGUGCAAUCAAAUGUUGGACCACAACAAAGAACUUCCGGAUGACUUCGAUAACGAAAUCCACAAGUGGUCCCUGGAGUGCAUCGGUCUGGUGGCGUUGGACACCCGACUCGGCUGCCUGGAACCGAACUUGACAUCGGAUUCCGAACCCCAGCAGAUCAUCAACGCCGCCAAGUACGCUCUGCGCAACGUAGCCACGCUGGAACUGAAGGCACCCUACUGGCGGUACUUCCCGACGCCGCUGUGGACCAAAUACGUGAACAAUAUGGACUAUUUCGUGAAGGUUUGCAUGAAGUACAUCAAGAGUGCCACAAAGCGUAUGAACUUGGGUGAAGGACGUGCUCUGGACGGGGAACCUUCGUUGCUGGAACGAGUCAUCAAAAGCCAAAAAGACGAACGGCGCGUGGUUAUGGCCUUGGAUUUGAUUCUGGUCGGAAUUGAUACCAUUUCGAUGGCAGUGUGCUCAAUUUUGUACCAGCUGGCGACACGACCGGCCGAACAACAGAAGGUCUACGAAGAACUCAAAAGGAUCAUGCCCGAUCCGAAGACUCCACUCACGUAUCAACUGUUGGACCAGGCUCACUACCUGAAAGCAUUUAUCAAGGAGGUUCUUAGGGUUUACAGUACCGUGAUUGGAAACGGACGAACACUGCAGGAGGACACCGUUAUCUGCGGAUAUAGGAUUCCCAAGGGGUGAGUACAAUGCGUCUUCCCGAACCUGGUGACUGGCACGAUGGAGGAGUACGUAACCGACGCCAAGAGCUUCAAGCCGGAACGUUGGCUCAAGCCCAGCCAGGGUGGAACCGGUGACAAUCUGCACCCGUUCUCAACGCUGCCAUACGGUUACGGAGCGCGGAUGUGCCUCGGACGUCGCUUUGCCGAUUUGGAGAUGCAAAUUCUGCUGGCUAAGCUGCUCCGCUCGUACAAGCUCGAAUUCCACCACAAGCCGCUGAAGUACGUGGUGACCUUCAUGUACGCGCCCGAGGGUGCCCUCAAGUUCAAGAUGACGCCCCGAGAGUGAACCGACGAUGGCGCCAACUGGUGAUGGACAAACGACAAGCUUCCUUAGGAUUGUUAGGUUUAUUAUUUUCUACGCGUAGAUACGAGCUUAACCAAUUUACUGUGUACAUAAUCAACUAAUGUUAUUUUUAUACUCUAUCUUAUGAAAUAAAGUUUGUGAGAUGAGA